CGAUAAUUUGUUCCGUGGAGAUGAGAACGGUGACUGCUGGCCGUGGAUCCAUUUCACAGGCCUGCCUCCUCUCACCAGCGAUCUCUGUCCCCGGGCCAACUCGGACAGUUUGCUCAUUUAUUGCAACGGUCAAGGCUGGCUCUUGCCAGAGCGGCGCGCGCGCGCACGCACACACACGGGGAAACUUUUUAAAAAAAUGAAAGGCUAGACUCGCUCCUCGCCGCGCGGGCGCUGCGCGAGGGGCUCGGAGCCGCCUCGCUGCAGCAGGAAACCCCCCGACCGCGACGCCCGGCCCGGCUUGGCGCCCGCGUGGGAUGGUGCAGCGCUGGCCGCCGGGCCCGAGAGCUGCUGCACGGAAGGCUGGCGACCAUGGCAGCGCGCCCGCCGCCCGCGUCCCCCGCCCGCGCCCUCCUGCUCGCCCUGGCCGGGGUUCUGCUCGCGCCCCGCGCGGCCCGAGGGGCGAGCUUAUGGGACCAGGGAGGAGCCUAUGAAGUUGCCAGUGCCUUUCUUCUGAACGGAGACCUCGGGAUCCCAGUCAAGGGCGACGGGGCAAAGGAUCAUCCAGAAGUGUUGAAUGUCCACAUGCAACUGGAAAGCAGAGAACUGGUCAUAAAUCUGGAAAGAAAUGAAGGCCUCAUCGCCAGUGGGUUCACAGAAACCCAUUAUCUGCAAGACGGUACUGAUGUCUCCCUCACUCGGAAUUACACGGGUCAUUGUUACUAUCAUGGACAUGUGCAAGGAUAUGAUGAUUCCGUGGCCAGCCUCAGCACCUGUUCUGGUCUCAGGGGACUUAUUAUGUUUGAAAAUAAAACAUACAUCUUAGAACCAAUGGCAAAUGCCACCAGUCGAUUCAAACUCUACCCAGCCAAGGACCUGAGGAGCAGCUGGGGCUGGUGUGGCUCCCAGCACAACGGCACCGGCCACCCUGCGGACCUGUUCCACCCUGCCUCCCAGACGCCUCCGAGAAGGCAUAAAAGAGAGACCCUCAAGAUGACCAAGUAUGUAGAGCUGGUUAUUGUAGCAGACAACCGAGAGUUUCAGAGGCAAGGAAAAGAUCUGGAGAAAGUUAAGCAGCGAUUAAUUGAGAUCGCUAAUCACGUUGACAAGUUUUACAGACCCCUGAACAUUCGGAUAGUGCUGGCGGGUGUGGAAGUGUGGACCGACAGCGACAAGUGCUCCAUAAGUCAGGACCCGUUUACCAGCCUCCACGAAUUUUUGGACUGGAGGAGGAUGAAGCUGCUACCGCGCAAAUCCCACGACAACGCGCAGCUCAUCAGUGGGGUUUAUUUCCAAGGGACCACCAUCGGCAUGGCCCCAAUCAUGAGCAUGUGCACGGCGGAGCAGUCUGGAGGUGUCGUCAUGGACCAUUCAGACAGCCCCCUUGGUGCGGCUGUGACCCUCGCACACGAGCUGGGCCACAAUUUCGGGAUGAACCACGACACGCUGGAGAGGGGCUGUAGCUGCAAGAUGGCUGCCGACAAAGGAGGCUGCAUCAUGAACCCUUCCACCGGGUUCCCCUUCCCCAUGGUGUUCAGCAGCUGCAGCCGCAAGGACCUGGAGACCAGCCUGGAGAAAGGAAUGGGGAUGUGCCUCUUCAACCUGCCGGAGGUCAAGCAGGCUUUCGGGGGGCAGAAGUGUGGGAACGGAUACGUGGAGGAAGGCGAGGAGUGUGACUGCGGGGAGCCCGAGGAAUGCACAAAUCGCUGCUGCAAUGCCACCACCUGUACCCUGAAGCCGGAUGCUGUGUGCGCACACGGACUCUGCUGCGAGGACUGUCGGCUGAAGCCUGCGGGGACCGCGUGCCGGGGCUCCAGCAACUCCUGCGACCUCCCGGAGUUCUGCACAGGAGCCAGUCCUCACUGCCCGGCCAACGUGUACCUGCAUGACGGGCACCAGUGUCAGGGGCUGGAUGGCUACUGCUACAACGGUGUCUGCCAGACCCACGAGCAGCAGUGCGUCACACUCUGGGGACCAGGUGCUAAACCUGCCCCCAGGAUCUGCUUUGAGAGAGUCAAUUCCGCAGGCGAUCCCUAUGGCAACUGUGGCAAGGAUUCCAAGAGCUCCUUCGCCAAAUGCGACGUGAGAGAUGCUAAAUGUGGAAAAAUCCAGUGUCAAGGAGGUGCCAGCCGGCCAGUCAUCGGUACCAAUGCUGUUUCCAUAGAAACAAAUAUCCCACUGCAGGAAGGAGGGCGGAUUCUGUGCCGGGGGACCCACGUGUACUUGGGUGACGACAUGCCGGACCCAGGUCUCGUGCUUGCUGGGACGAAGUGUGCAGAUGGAAAAAUCUGCCUCAACCGGCGGUGUCAAAACAUCAGCGUCUUCGGUGUCCAGGAGUGUGCGCUGCGAUGCCACGGCCGAGGAGUGUGCAACAACAGGAAGAACUGCCACUGCGAGGCCCACUGGGCACCUCCCUUCUGUGACAAGUUCGGCUUUGGAGGAAGCACCGACAGCGGCCCCAUCCGGCAAGCAGAUCACCGAGGCUUGACCAUAGGGACCCUGGUGGCCGUGCUGUGUCUUCUCGCUGCUGGAUUUGCGGUUUAUCUCAAAAGGAGGACCUUGAUCCGACUGCUGUUUACAAACAAAAAAACCACCAUUGAGAAGCUGAGGUGUGUGCGACCCUCCCGGCCACCCGGCGGCUCCCAGCCCGCCCAGGCGCACCUCGCCCACCUUGGGAAGGGCCCAUCGAGCAGACCACCGCACUCCAGCAUCCCAAAGGACAGGAGAUGGCCGCAGGGUCAGAACGUGGACAUCAGCAGACCCCUCAACGCCCUUGCCGUCCCUCAGCCCCAGUCACCUCGGCGAGUGCUUCCACCCCUCCACCAGGCCCCGCGGGCACCCAGCGGCCCUGCCAGACCCCUGCCGGCCAACCCAGUGCUCAGGCAGACCCAGGGAAUGCGGAAACCCAACCCUCCUCAGAAGCCUCUGCCCGCUGAUCCUCUGAGCAGGACAACUCGGCUCACCAACACCUCCAGAACCCCAGGGCAGCAGGAGCCAGGGCUCCGCCCUGCACCCACCAGACCUGCUCCUAAGUAUCCACACCACGUGCCCAGACCUGCCCACGGCACCUGUCCUCAGUGAGGAGAAAGCCGACACCUUCGUUCAACAGUGAAGACAGAAGUUUGCACUAUCUUUAAACUCCACGUGGAGUGACUUUUUGUACCAACUUUCAGAAUUUUUUUUAAUGUUUUAAACACCAUUAUUUCAAGAACUUUGAGCUACUGCCGUUGGUGCUGUGCUGUGCUAUGGUGCUCUGUGUACUUGCUCAGGUACUUGUAAAUUAUUAAUUUAUGCAGAAUGUUUAUGCAGCGCAGUGCGCUGUACUAGGCAUUUUUACCAUCACUGAGUUUUCCGUGGAAGGAAGGCUUGUUGUGCUUUUAAUAUUUUAGUUAACUUGAAAUGUCCUGCUUGAUGGGAGUCUGGACCAGAUGUUUACUUUCUGAUCAAGGCUUUAUUAGAAAGCAGUUCCCUAAUUACCCACUGUGUUUAUGGUACCAGACACAGUUCAGGACCCCUGGUAGAACCUUGAGUGAUUUUCUGGAACCCCCUAGCCCAGGCCAGGGCUGCAGGUCCAGCUGUGCUUGGCCUUCAGGGAGGCCCUGGGCCCAUAUGUGCUAACAGGCCCCUACAGGCUGGACCUUGGAGCAGGGACAGCAGCGAAUGACCUGGUUUGGGGCCAGAAAGCUUUGGAGAGAACCUGGGUUGCAGAUAGGAGUUUUGAGAUGUGGCCAUACCAGGACAGAGACUGGAACAGUAGGCCAAGCAGAAACUUGACCUUGAGCUGAGCUGCCAUGAGCCCACUGGGGGGCAGACAAGAAAGAGGUCUGCAGGAUUGCUCAAGGUUUACUUUAUAGAAACAUCAAGAACUUCUCUCUCUGGCUGCUCUUCAUGGCGUUCUGGCCUCAGCACAUUAUUUAGAUGGGGAACAGUGGUAUUUCUACAAGAACGCCACCACCCCAGCGCUGCAAACCACCAUCUCUGUACUGUUUGGGGCUGAGCAAAUUACCACCUUGUCUUCUCAACUGUAAUAUGACGACCCUGUGUUCAAACAGAUGAGGCUUCCCGUGGGACCAUAAUUCUUUUCAGCUGUGAACUAGUAACCAGAUCUAGUCAAUCAAUUCUUUAUAUAACAAGCUCCAAGGUUCAACUUAUUAAAAAUUAGGGAGAAUCCCUACAGUUACAAAACAACAACUAAGUGUAAUGCCGUGCUCACUGGCACAGACUAUCUGCUGUCCUUAUUAGUACACAUUGGACAAAGAACCACAAGGGACCGUGAAGUUCUCUCUGAGACACCCUAUUUUCUCAGCUAGGCUGCAGGAAUGUUUUUGGCAGAGUUGGAAUCUUAAACACUUGCAACUUACCUGUUGUGCAUCACAAGAUGUGAUCAGGAAACCAAUUUCCCAACCCCAUAUGUUCACAAAAGGCCGGUAGGGGCAAUCAGCCCCUCCAAACAUUUCACUCUUCCAGGGUCUCAUUUCCUGAGAUCCUCAAGAUGCCUGUAUCUAAUAGUAUGAAAAAUACAAAAAUACUCAGAUAAGGCAAAAUGCCAUUAUGUCCCUCACUGUCCUCGGUGAGGUCAUGAAUGACUAGUUUUCACGUUAGAAGGCAAUUGACAACAGUUCCAUAUGUCACUGAGUGUUUCAUGAUGAGACUUCUUUUGGGGUCAUUUCAAUGGUUUUCCUAUGCCUUGAAGCAGAAAGAAAAAUACAUACUGAGAAUCUUGGUUUGCCUUCCAGAAAACAAAACUACAUUUAACUUUGCCAAGUUCCCCCCAUAUAUCUAGGCAGCAUGACUAUGAAUAAACAAAUCCAUGUCUCAAACACACAAAAGGGAACCCAACUCAAAGACAUUCCAACUCUUGUAGCAUGCAUCUGUUUAUUAUGCAAUUAGUUUCUUUAAAAAGCAAAGCUGUGUUAGGCGAUAUUACUGUGGAUGAGAUACAUUCAGAAUCAUUAUAUGUACUGAUGUUACAUUUGGUAAUUGUAUCAAGGCCAAAACACAUCCUCUUGAGAAGUUCACAGACUCUCCUGGCACAUGCAUGGAUGUCGCCUUUCUCCACACCGCGCCUGGCGCUGGCCUUCUUGCCCCUCCUCCUAUCGUACAGAAGAGGGAGGACAGGAACUGCCUUUUCUGAUUUUGUUCUUUCUUAACUGUAAUUCCUGUGCUUUUGUUUCAGAGAACCAGGAAGAGUUUGAUAUUAAGGGAGGUUAAAACUGUGAUCUUUUGCCAUGUCAUCAAUGGCCACUUCGUGGUUAUGGCUGAUGACACAUUUUUAUCUCUACAAUACUAAUUGCUUUUAUAGAGCCAUGCAAUUUAUUUCUGAAUAUGAAUAUAUUUAAACCUAACAUUGCCUUACAAUACAGAUAAUAUCAUUAAAAGAAUACCUCCAAAAUUCAAUAUUUAUCAAAUAAAGCAUAUUUAGCAAUCACUUCCAUUUUAAUGUAACUUAGAAACCAAUAACCAGGGUUGGUUUUUCUUGGUGGGGAUGGUUUUCUCUCACUUUUUUAUAUCCUUUAAAUUUUAAACAAGGGAAACAAAAAUCAGUACUUAUAUUUUAGUAGCAAUCUGAUUAUUCUUUAAUAUUUCUAAAAUACUUCAGAGGGACAAAUAAUAGUUGUUUUGAGGUUUAUAAGCCCAUCACUGAGAAAGCUCAGUGCCUAGACCCAAAAGCAGGCCAGAAAGCUACUCACUUUUCUUCCUACACCUAGCGACAGCUGUAGGUUAUGUGACCCCCCCCCCCCUACAGGGAGGUAUAUGGCCAAACUUCCAGGCAUUCCGUUUAUCUCCUAGAAUGUUCUUGUUUUCCUGACACAUGGAACGAGACUGUAGCAGCCAAGGGAAACAAUGCCUAAUGCUGUCUAUUGUCAACAUGUGCAUGCCGAGGUCCCACGUCCCAGUGGGAACUUCCCCAGCCUACACAUGUGGAUGAUACCACAGAGACCACAAAGCAACAAAUUAAACUACAUGGGAAUAAAUAUUCCUGACUAGUCUCCAAGGAGACAUUAAUAUGCCUUUUUAACUUUAUCAGGAAUUCUCAGGCUGAAACUAUAGGCUAUUGUUCUCUGGCAAAUCAUCCCAACACAUGAAUGCAUUCCCUAAGCCGCUAAGACUCUGAUCUGCAUCAGAGAUCAGAGAGCCUGAGAUGCCCCCGGUGCUGACCCCUCUAGAAUGCCUGGCCUCCUCCCGCCUCUCUCCACCGAUGUUUACCAAGCACUGAGCGCCAGGGUGACCGGGAUGACGGCGAAUGCACAAUGCAUGGGCAGCCGGCACCAGACCUCUGACGGUCCCGCCUGGCGAGGCCCACUUCAUUCCUGCGCUUUGCUGGGCAGCGCUCCGCUAGGUGUUCCAGGUAAAGUCCAGGGCAGACUUACUCCUCAGAGCCUUCCUCACUGAUCUUACCAUGGCUCCAGCCACACACAAGCCACCCAGAGGCACCUUCCACCAGCCCUCCCAAAAAGUCACUCAGGCUUGGAGUCUCACACACAGUGACUGCCUGGUGGGGACACUGCAGAUACCACCUUCUUUCCUCCCACCCAUGCUAGAAGCCAUCUCCAUGCUACCAGUUAUUCCUCAUGACCCAUCAGCAUCCUCUCACCUGAACACAGCAAGCCAGAAGCUAAUAUAUCUGUUUGCCUUUCCCUGUCACCAGACACAAGUGCCUAACUCAGGCCAAACUCAGUGCCAAUGGCCCUCCAAUCUCAGCAGUCAAGUUGCUACUUCAGGUCAGUCAGUGGCUACUGUUGCAGUGCGUGACAGGCCUGCAAAGUCCACCUACUUGACACCCAAAGCCCAACAUCCUCCAGGGUCGCAGCUCAGAGCAACCCCACCAGCACCCAACAGCCUCGAGUCCUGCAGAAUCCCUCUCACAAGCACAUUAAUCACAGUGACCUCUCACCUUGUGCCUUGUUCUAAUUAGAAGGGGAAGUUGGCCAUAGAAAAAUCAAUUUAGCUAUGCAUGCAAAAUUCUCUCGACUCACUCCAGAGUUCCCUUUGACAGGUAUUGCUUUUAAACCUGCUUGAGAAUUCCAAUAGUGAAAUAAGUAACACUAAAAGGUUUGUGAGCCCCAUGCUCAGAACCAUUCUGGGCAGUGAAGAUACUUCCCCAAGCCAUUCACCCACGUAAGCGUGGGUGUUUCCCUGCCUCUUGAAGAGGAAACCCCCCUUUUACUUCUGGGACAGUACUGGAAGCUUAAAACCCAGUCAUUAUAAACUCGUUUCAUAUGAGAAAAACUAGGAAAAGAAAUACUGCAAAGAAUACUGUUAAAAUAUCCAGGAAUGGAUAGUGACAGCCAAAAGAUUGAACAAAGGCCUCCUCAAAGUGCCUCAGCUUCCCCAGGCUGAAGGCCCUGUGACCCACACUCAUCUUCCACGUCAUUGUCAAGAAGCAUGUUCUAUGUUCCCUGUAACUCUCCAAGAAAGUAAUUUUUUAGUCAAUUUAACACAUUUAAAUCCAGACAAAAGAAUAAAUAUCAUGUGAUCAUUUUAGUUUUCAAAAAAGUUGAAUCCUUUUUUGUAUUCAUGGUCUUUAAGCAGGUAUCGGUAUCUUCAUAGGGCAGCCAGAGGAAAACAAGAUAGACAGAUAGCGUCCCCCAAGGCUCCAAGGCAGGACAGGUGGAAGCAGAACUAGCAGCUCCCUUAGCUCCUUCUAUCAGGUCAAAUUGGCAGGUGGUCAGGAAGCCUGUGUCUCAAUGUGUGUGGCAACUGAAAGGCCACUCCUUAACAUGGCUACAGGCUAUUUAGCACAGUACAGAUUAAAGUUACAGCUACAUAAACCAGCACAGUCAUUUUGUAGUGCUUCAAUCAUUUAUAAUGCUUUGGUUUGCUAAUUUGUUCACAUGCCUUUUUAUGUUAUGUUCUGUUACUUUUGUAAACAUUUCUCAUAUUGGGGAUCUACAGGUACAC